ACGCAACCUGUUUGCAUUCCUGAUCUGUCAGCUAUUCAUGCGUGAAGCCGUUAUUUUUCAAGUUUUGUACGGUUGAAAAAUUGUGUUGCUGUUCUUUGCGACUUGAAAUGUGAAUUAUCUAAAAAACUAUUGAAGUGAUUAUAUUCUUUUGUGUGAAUAUCGUGGAAUUAAAUCGAUAUGAGUUCAGAAAAUUCAGAUUCGGGCCCAGGCAUAACAUUGUCGUUGGUAGCUCAGUUUGAUGAUAUAAAUCGUUUGAACGGGAUUCUCAACGAUGGGGCCGCUGAGGAUUGCUUCCUAGCAUUCUUAAAACAAAUGGAGUGGGUCCGGGGACAAUGGGCGGCUGCUGAAGCAGAGGCGUCCCGUCUGCAGUCAGAGCUGGAUGAGGCUCUCCGGACCCUGUCUAAGUGGGAGGCCAAGUUUGCUCAUGUGAGGAAGCUACUUGAUGGGGAGAAAAGAGAGAGGAAUAUAGUACUGAAGAAGUAUAGUGAGCUGAGCAAAUUGCUGGACAUGGCUCGUGAUCUAUUGUUCAAUGAUAAUCGCGCCAAAUUGAAUGAUGAAACCUUGCAAAAAUUGGCCUUCCUGAAUGGAACUGCCCAACAGGAUCAUAAUGCUAAACUCACUGGUGUACCAGAGUUGAACUCUACAGGUACCCUUCUAUCGGAGAUGUCGUACUCCCGGUCCGAGGACGACCUCGACCUGUCCCUGGCGUCGACGCGGCGCUCGUGGGUGCAGCGCGGCGGCUGGGCCGCGCGGGACGCCGCGCCCGCCAACAAGAAGAGGCGGUCUUCUACCUCUUCUGCUACUAAGACGGUAGAGUUGCAAGGUGGCAAGGUGUUGGCGACGGCCACUACAACGUUGACGCUCGAGCGAGCUCCCACAAGUCACGACCUCAAGCCGCCGCAAAAUUUCCAACCGAUCUCGGAGAGCAGUGACGAGGCCCCGCCGCGCAAGUCGUCAGGCCGCCUGUCGGGCCGACACACACGCGCGGAGCUGUCUGUGCCACACGCACACACGCCCUCCGCACCCUCCGCACCGCCCCGUACUGACACAGAGAGUGGUUCGGACACGCCGCGCGCAGUCCCGCAGCGCACUCCGUCCGUGUUGUCAGCGGCGUUCGGUGGCUCACCGCGCGGCCGUCCGAGACAACACAACUUCGUCGCCAAGACCUUCUAUAAAAGGGAGACUUGCGGGCCCUGUGGCAAAAUCAUAAAGUUCGCGAAGUUGGGCGUGAAGUGCGAGACAUGUCGCGCGCAGGCGCACCCCGAGUGUCGCGCGCUGCUGCCGCUGCCCUGCGUGGCGCCCGGACCCGCCGCGCGCAGGGGGCCCGCGCAGGAGGGCUGCAUCUCAGACUACGCUCCAUCGACACCGCCUAUGGUACCGGCGCUGCUCGUUCACUGCAUCAAUGAGGUUGAGAAACGUGGUCUGACAGAAAAGGGUAUAUACCGUAUCAGUGCUACUGAUAAGGAGGUUAAAAGACUCAAGGAGCGCUUCCUGCGCGGCUGCGGGUCGCCGUCGCUGGCGGGCGAGGACGUGCACGUGGUGUGCGGCUGCCUGAAGGACUUCCUGCGCGGCCUGCGCGAGCCGCUCGUCACCAGCGCGCUGUGGCGGGACUUCAUGGACGCGGCGCGGCUGCCCGACGCGGCCGACGCCAGCGCCGCCGUGCUGCAGGCCGUCAGCCAGCUGCCGCAGCCCAACAGGGACACGCUCGCCUUCCUCGUGCUGCAUCUGCAGAAAGUAGCAGAAAGCGAGGAGUGUGAGAUGGGUAUCGACAACUUGGCGAAGAUAUUCGGUCCGACGCUCAUCGGGUACGGACUCAUGUCGCAGCCCGCAGAGAUGUACAACGCUACCGCACAGAUGUUUAGUGUCAUGCAGCUGCUGCUGCGCCUGCCGUGUGACUACUGGUCGCAGUGGGCGUGCCCCAACACGGACGCGGGGUCGCCGCUGGCCGCCACGCUCAACCGGCCCCGAGGGUUCUUCUUCUCGCCGGCUGAUACCGGUAUAUCCAGAAAGAAGAGGAACUAUUUCCAGUGACAGUAGCUAUUACUCAAAAUACAACCUUAAUGUAAGUGCUUUAGAGUUAUUUUUCGUUUGUUCAUAAGAGAACAUUUAUGUUAACCAUUGUCUAUGUACAUUAACAACUUAUUUAUAAAAUAACAUUUAGUUUCAUGUUCUUAUUAAUAUAAUUCUGACUAACUUAAGUUAUCAUUAUUAAUUUUAGUGACAUUCUGUGUAAAUUUUUCAUUAAUUUUGUUUAUUUUUAGUUCUAGUUAAAUUGCUUGAUAGAACCCCAAGUUGUUGAAUCAAAUUAAUUUCAAAAUAUUGCAAAGAGAGGGUGUGACCGACAUUCUAUUUCACAACUCGUCUAUAGUUUACCGAAUAUAUGGAUUCUAAUUUCCAAAUCUUUCAGUUUUUUUUAAUGCCUUUGCAAAACUAAACCAUAUGGUCUGCCCUUAAAGUUUAUUUUGCAUUGCAAUGUGCUACAUCUAUAAAAUAAGUUUUCUACAAUAUUUUUUGUGUGUUCUGAGAUUGUCUGUUUAUCAUAUUAAUGUGUGGAAAAUGCAAAUUACCUACAUGAAUAUUUUGUUUGUUUUUUUACAAUCUCAAUACACGUUUUCCUGUUUUGUACUUAAUUUUGUAUGACGUUAAGCUUUUCUUUAUUGUGUAUCAUAGCUAUUGAAUCAAUCCACUUUUAACGAUAAAAAUGGAUGUAUAUUCAGUGCUUUUGUUUAAUGUUUACAGCAAAUUUAAAUGUUAAAUGUUUAAUAUUGAAAACGAUACAUAAAAAUAAAACAAAGCCUACGGUUUGAAUAUAUCCGCGUCGAGUCUAGUUAUUAGACUUUAUGAAUAAUUUACUAUACCUUUCAUAAAUAAAAACCUAUUUCGAAUAAUACAAAUUCGCUUAAAACUUGCCAUAAUUCGUCCUGGCGAGUAUAAUUUCCAAUGAACAGUCGUUCAUAAGAAUCGAUCACCCAGAAACAGUUACUCUGAAACUUUUAUCUAACAUUAAAACUUGCUGUAAAACAUUCCGUAGUUAGUGUUUAUUAUUUAAGUUCAUAUUUCCGUUAUCGUGACGUCACGCUCCCGCCUACGAUCAACGUCUUUGUAUAAUAUUUACGUUAUUAUAAUUACAGUUGCGCAAAUCGCAAAUAUUUCUCUAGGAAAAACCGCUUGAAAUAAUAUUGUGUAUGUCGUUCAGAGAAUAUGCCUCAAACUGUUGUUAUAUUUUUUCUCAAGAGGUUUUCCAGAUAAUUGCAUCUUUAACUAUCUUUUCGAAGUUAUUUAAAGGACUUUAGCACGAACGCCGUCAAAUAAGUUUUUGCAAUGUAUCAUUUUUAUGGCGAACGUAAUACUCAUAUUUGAUUGGUGUUCAUGUUCAUUGCUUACAGGUUUAUGUGUUAUAGAUAUCUAUUCAAGUCCAGUAUAAUGUCAUGGUAUCAAAAUUAUCAUUAAAGACCCACAAUAUACACAAACAUACUGGAUUUCGUAUGUUAGCAGCUUUUAUUAAUUUAGUUUACAAUGUAAAAAGGAAUCAAUUUCUUUAUUUACACAUCAUUACAAAAAUAGUCAAAAGUGAUACGUUGUCUCUUUCUCUUACAAUAAAAAAGUAAAUUGAAAGAGUGAGACAAGUCAAUUUUUUAUUUUUGCUUUCUCUAUUAUGAACCAAGUCAUGUUUGUAUAAAUGUUCAUUUUCAUUUAACUAGGAUUAUUGUAGUGUUAAACAUUUAAUACGAUGUUCUUUUGUAUUAAAUAUUAAGUAUUUUUUGACAUUUCUCUUAUAAAAUUGUUUUCACACUUCAGACUUCGACCUUAUUCAAUCUAGACCGCACCAAAUGUUUAUUUAAUUACGACAUUUUAACGGUUUAAAUAAAUAAAUUAAAAAUGCAGCUUUGAAAGUCCUCAAUAAUGGUUGGUUUGGUGAGGUCCAAUUAUCACAAUAGGCUAGUUAACAUAUAAAUAAAGAUAAUUCUUUUCUAUUUUUGUUUAUGUAUAAGGUAGUUGUUUUGUUAGUAAACGUAUUUCGCAUUUAUAUCCAAAAAAAAAGUUUAAAACUGUCUAAAAUAAUUAGAAAUACAGUCUUAUGUUGGUUAGACAAAAUCAUUUGGUUAGUAAUGUUAGUAUCAUCACAUGUGCCUAGUCAUUGACUAGUUUGUUGUACACUAAACUGUGUAUACUGUAUGUACCUUUAGAUAUUAAUAUAUUUUGUAAUCAUUGACUGUAAAUGAAAUAAACUUGUCUAACACA